AUGCCUCCCUCGACGCUGGACAAGGCGGGCGCGCAGCUGGACGAGCAGCCUGAGUCCUGCCAUUCACCAAGCAUGCAGUACUUCCACCCCCACCACGUCCCGCCCGAGCACUAUCGCGCCUCUCCGCAGCAGGACCACGAGCACAAGCAGCCGACGUCGACGUCGCACACGCCGCUGCUGCCUCCUAUCGGCGACUUCAACGGCCAGAUGAUGCAGACAGCGCAGCCGCAGUACGCGACGGUCGCAAUGAACGGGCAGAUGCAGCAACCCCCUCCUCCGCCUGCGCACCAUCACCACCCUCCUCCGACCUACCACGCGCCGCAAUACCACUAUGCGAACGGCAUGCCGCCCACGAUGCCCUCGAACGUUGGCGUGAACGGACAAAAUGGAGGAGCGCUGCCGCGAUACGCUCUGCCGCCGCAGAUGAUGGUGGGGCCCAAUCCGCGACCGAAGAAGGACAUCAAGAGGAGAACAAAAACGGGAUGUCUGACCUGUAGAAAGCGGCGCAUCAAGUGCGAUGAACACCAUCCCACGUGUCGCAACUGCCAAAAGAGUAAACGCGAGUGUAUGGGCUACGACCCCAUCUUCAAACCACAGCCCGGUCCGACUCAUAUCCAACCCGCUCCCUCUGCGCAUCCUAAUUUGAAGGUCGAACAAUCACCGCAGGACAGCGCUGUACCACCUUCAGCGUAUCGACCCUCCCAUCCCUACUCUGCCACCGAAAGCGCCUUUUCCACGGGCAGUACCUCACCACGAAACAUGCAAGGUCAAGCUGGAUACGUUGAUCCGGCUUUAGGCGGUGGCGAACCGCCAUCCACCAUGAACAACUUCAACUCCGCUCUGCAGCCUGAACGAAGGGUGAGACGCGUCUCGAUAGACCAUCUGUUCAGCAUAAAUGAUGUACCGCCUCGAUUCCAUCCACGAGAAGCACCGCCUGUCAACUCAGAAGCUUUACAACACGAGGCCGAGGACUUCUAUAGAUUGCACUUUGCGCCAGGCCUCGACAAACUGUUUGAGACUAAUUGGUACAGUGAACGAGGACCACACCACUUGCAACAAGAUCGGCCUCUGCUGGACUACACCAUGCAAGUCGUAGAGCGGAUGAGGCCCAGACCUGAAGACUUCACCGCCAUCCAGCAAUUGCAAUCACUGGAAGCGCGGCUGGUGUGGCAGCUUGCGGCCAUGCCUCGCUCGCCCUUACGUCACGAAGCGAACGGUGCCACAAAUGAUCCGCUUGCAUCACAAGUCAUCGCCCGGAUAGACACUCUCGAGAAUCUGCUAACAGGCCAGUUCUUGCCACCUUCGCGCAUUCCGCAGGCGCCCUCGCAAGACCACCAACAAGAUCACCGCAAGUACAAUGAACAGCACUUCUGGCAUCUGCUCGGCCGCUUCACCUCCGCUCGCGAUGACACCGCGGACCCACACGCAGCUCGGGAAGUGAAUGAGUCCUUGGCUGCCAUGCGCGCUAGUCUGGGCAUGCUGGAGAACCGGGACGUGUUGUACUCGAUCGCGGUGGCAAGGCACGUUGGAGGCCGACUGCAGGACUUCCACCCACCGCGGCCUGUGAUUGCGCAGACGGAUGACCCGAAUGAUGAGGUGAAGAAGCUGCAGGUGGCGCAGUCGUUCAUUUCGCAGGAGGAUCAGAAGGGUACGACGCAGGUGAUUCAGCGGGUCUGUUCGAUGGCGAUGCGGAGCUGGGUCUUGCAGAAGCAACAGUAG